AUGCUUAGAAAUCAGUUUUGUUUAUUAUAUUUCAAAAUAUGUAUAUUUAUUAUAAACAUCAUGAACCGGAGGCAAUUUUUUACAUCAAAGGGAGAAAAAUAUGUAUUACGGAUGAAGAAACCUUGAAUUUAUUUACCUCGACACGAUAUUACUUAUACGUCUUGUAUUUCGCAGUGCGAGAAUUGUGUUACAAAAAAUACUGCAACCACCAUAAAUUGGUCCGAUUUACAAACCAUCAUUAUUAUAUUCAUUAAGACUAAACUUGACCAGUAAGCAUACUGACCAGUACGUUAUUACCACGUUUGUCCAAAAACCAGUUUAUGGCGUUUUCCCCAAGAGGUUGAUACUAAUUUCUUCCUACUCUCCCAGAACCAUCAUGCCAAAUUAAUCCAUGACUGCAAUACCAGUGAUUCUGUAUGCUUAAGAAGACUUGCAUGCUUAUUGCUUGUGCAAUACGAUGCAAUAAUGGGAGAAUCCAGAGCCAUUUAUCAGGCAUUUGAUCAUUUUGUGUGAACUAUAUCAGAGUGCAUAAUCUUGACACCUCGCUCGGUAAAAUGUUUGUUAUUUACACGGCUAUCUCUGUAAAAUUAAAGUAUUUGUCUGCACUAUUUGUAAUAUUGCUUCAAUUAGGAUCACUGGGAGAAAUACAUGCUGCAAGUUUAAAUAAUUUUGUACCACUUCAGACUAAUUUUGAAAGUAAUAGGGAUAAAAGAGGGGACCUCGGAGGACCUUAUCCCAUGCACACGGUCGACAUUAUCGAACAGCACGGUUACCCAGUAGAAACACAUUUUGUGGAAACUCAAGAUGGUUAUAUUUUGGAAGUACAUCGAAUUCCACCUUUAGCAAAAAAUGACAAACUUCCUGUUCUUCUCACUCACGGGAAUUUUCAGUCAUCAGCAGAAUGGGUUAUCAAUACUCCGACAAAUAACUCUUUUGCCUUCAUAUUGCACUCUAUGGGAUAUGAUGUAUGGCUUGGGAACAAUCGUGGUAACCCAUACGGCAGACGACACAAAAGCUUUGCGACAAAUUCUCCAAGUUUUUGGAAUUAUACAUUUCACGAAAUGGGCCUCUUCGAUAUGCCGGCAACGAUCGACCACGUUUUGAACCAAACUGGGAAAUCAAAGCUGAAUUAUGUCUCUCUGUCGAUGGGGCCGGCGGCGUUUCUCGCUGGCCUCAGUCACCAUCCGGAGUACAAUGGCAAAAUUGAAUCUGCUGUGCUUAUGGGACCAACUGUUUUUAUGGCCCACUUUUAUAACGGACUUGUCUACUACAUGUCAUUCCUUUCGCGGUUUAUCACGAUGUUCCUGAACGCUUUUGGAUCCAUCCCAGCCAUUUCGCCGACAUUAGGAAAAUUACUAAACGGCCUGCUCCCAUAUUUGUGCAGUCCGAAAGUCGAUAUUAUUGGAAUUUGUGUUAACUGGAUACAUAUCGUGUACGGACAAGAUGGGGAUUUGAUUACUAAGGAGCAAGUCGCACAGGUAUUUGCUACCACACCAGCGUCAGGGAGCAGUUUAAAAUUGACAAAUCACGUCAUGCAGCUUUGGCGUUCGAAGGGUUUCCAAGAAUAUGAUUACGGGCGCCGUAAAAAUCUAGAAAUAUAUCACAGCGAAACCCCUCCAAGCUACAAUCUUACAAAGGCUACCGUGCCAAUUGCCCUAUUUGUUGGCCUGUACGAUUUUAUGGGACAUCGAGAGGACGCAAAAACUUUGGCAAGUAAACUGCCAACCUUAAUAGAGUAUUACGAGUCACCGUACAAACAGUUUUGUCAUUUAGAUUUUGUUUACGGACGUGAAAUCGCUGCUCAAUUAUAUUAUCAUGCCAUUGAGAUUUUCCAAAUAAAGGAAAAAUAGUCAAGCACAAUAA